AUGGGCUGGUUGCGCAAAAUGGGUUCAAGCAGGCAAAACUCCGAGUACAGCCUGACACAAGCCGAAAAAGACCAUUUCCUGGCCCACGGCUUCGUGCGGCUGCCCAACUGCUUCACACGCGAAAAAGCCGCAGAAUGGACCGCAGACAUGUGGACGCGCCUGGGCUUCUCGCCCAACGAUAAAGAAACCUGGACAUCUGAGCGCAUCCACAUGCCUCACCACCGCACCGAGCACGUCAAAACUUUUGCACCAAAGGCCUGGGCGGGUAUAUGCGAGCUGCUCGGCGGGGAAGAGCGUGUUGCAGAGGAGUCUGCGACGUGGUCGGACGCCCUGAUUGUGAAUUUGGGUAGUAAAGAACAUGAUGGCAAGCCAUGGCCAACUCCAAAGGAGCUGUAUGGGUGGCAUGUCGAUGGCGACUUUUUUGUGCAUUUUUUGGACUCGAGAGAGCAGGGUUUACUUGUUAUUCCUCUGUUUUCGGAUAUUGUGCCGCAUGCUGGAGGCACGGUGGUGAGUCCGGAUGCUAUUGCGCUGCUGGCGAAACAUUUGCAUGACCACCCCGAAGGUGUAUCCCCAGCCAUGAUCCCCCGUGGCCAGACAGCGCCAGCCGAUGGCCCUGGCUUCUACAACUCUUUAAUCCAGCAAUGCCACGAAUUCCACGAAAUGACUGGCAACACCGGCGACGUUAUUCUAAUGCACCCGCUCAUGGUGCACUCUGCGUCUGUCAACAGCCUGCGCAUCCCGCGCAUCAUCACUAAUCCUCCCGUUUCCCUUAAGGAGCCGUUUAAUUUUGAUCGUAGGGACCCGAAAAAGUAUAGCCUAGUAGAGAAAAAGACACUGCAGGCACUAGGGGUUGACAGGCUAAAGGGGUGGGAGGUUGUUGGUGGGAGAGAGUAUAUUGUGCCUGAGCGUCUGCGAGCGCAGGAGGAGAUGAAGAAGCAAGAACUACAAAGGCUGGGG